GUGAAGCUCUAUAACUGGAAGAGGGCCUGAGCCCGGGUCCUACUCAGCCCAGGAGAGGAUCUCUCUAACCGACCCAGAGGAAGCCCCAGCUGAGCAGCCGGGGCCAAGGCAGACCAAUCACCAGCUGUGCUGUGAACAUGAAGUUCCUGUGGGCCUUGUGGGCACUGGCAGCCCUCUUGACUGGCUGCCAGGGGGAAGAUGCCAAGACUUCUUCAGAGGAGCGAAUUACAGACCCAGAGCUCUGGAACUCCGAGCCAGCCCGGGCCUGGGAGAUGGCCAUGGGCCGCUUCCGGGGCUACCUGGACCAGCUACAGGCCCGGAUUGAGGACCUGCAGAGUGAGGUGCAGAGUUCCCAAAUAGUCAAGGACCUGAGGGGUCUUAUGACAGACACUCUGACAGAGUUGAACGCUUACAAGGCUGAGUUGGACCAGGAGCUGACCCCCAUGACCGAGGAGACCCGGGCUCGGCUGGCCAAGGAGCUCACAGCAGCCCAAGCCCGCCUCGGGGCGGACAUGGAGGAUGUGGGGUCCCGCCUCGCCCAAUACCACCGAGAGUUCCAUGCUGUCGUCAAUCAUAACAUAGAUGAGGUCAGGAACCGGGUAUCUGCCUACCUGAGGAAGAUGAAGAAGCGCAUUGGGCGGGACUACGAAGAGCUGCAGACCCGUAUGGCCACGUACCAGAGUGGCGCCAAGGAGGGGGUGGAGAGAGGACUGGGCUCCCUGAAGAGCCUGGGCCCCCUGCUGGAGCGCAUCCAGGAGCAGAACAAGAAGAGGGUGGCCAACCUGGGCACCCUGGCAGGGGAGCGCCUGCAGAACCACCUGGACCAGAUGCGCAGCCGAAUGGAGGAGGUCAAGGCCAAGGUGAAUGAGCAGUCGGCCCAGCUGCAGGCUCAACUGCAGGGUUUUCACGACCGCCUGAAGGCCUGGUUCCAGCCCCUGGCCACCGACCUGCAGCGCCAGUGGACAUCGCUGGUGGACAAGGUUCAGGAGGCUGUCAACCCUAAUGGGAAGCUGGGAGAGACACCUGUUAUUCCUGUCAGUGACAACUGAAAGUUCCCCAGAGCCCUCCACGGGGACCCCGUAGUUCACCCUGUCUCUCACCUGGGAGCCCUCCUACCAUCAUCCACCGGUGGACCCUCUCCAGUCCUCCCCUCCACCCCCAGCAGAGGAGGAUGCUCCAAUCCCACCCUCACUCACACCUUCUGCCCCCCUCACAUCUGCAGAGCGGGCCGGUGUACCCCAUGGCUCUGGUCCUCAGCCCCUCUACUACCCUUGGGAAAUGGGGGCAGGUGGGGGACUACAUGUAGUCUAAGCUCAGGCCAACAAUAAAGUGAAAGCUUGCUUGUGUACUGACACCUGA